AUGGUCGCGGGUGAAGUGGAAAGCGAAAAGAAGAACACGUACGAUAAAUGUAUCCCUUUCCUAAAAGAGAAAUUCCGUGAGACCUUCGGAGAGAGAGAGUUCACCGUGAGAGGCCCCUGGUUUGGGUCUCGCGGAACUAUCCCAAAAAGAACAAGGAGCUUCCUCGAGGAACUAGGUGUCGACAUUAAGGACGUAGCGAGGUUGGCUGAAAAUAUAGUCCUCGACUACCUGGGAAUCAUUCAGCACCACGUGCAUGGCUAG